AUGACCAUCGGUUCGGCAACCGUGGUAGUGUUGGGUGAUAUUGGACAUUCACCAAGAACAUGUUAUCAUGCACAUUCUUUAGCAGAACAAGAUGUUCAUGUUGAUUUAGUUGGUUAUCGAGGCUCUCUGCCUCAUGAAAGGAUACGAUCUCACAAGAACAUACAGUAAGCUCUUGUCUUUAUUAUUUUAUGUUUAGACAAGUACUAAACAAAGUAAUUUAAUGUUUAUGCGACUUAAUACCGAACUAAAUUAAAAUUUUUAAAAGAAUAUUAUUACUAUAACGUUAUUUCAGCUUGGUAUACAUUCCUUCAAUGUCCACGUUGAAUUCCUUGCCGUCACCUUUGGCUUUGUUGUCCAAAUUCUUUUUUAUGUCAAUAUUUUUGUUGUAUGCUAUGAUCUUCAAGUGCCGAUGGAAUACUUCGUUGAUUUUGCUUCAAAAUCCUCCUGGAAUACCAACAAUGUUAAUAUGUUACGUGGUAAGUAUUUCAGGGCGUUUGCCUUUUAUUUUUAGGUUGCUAUUUUAAAACGAGCUGCAUUAGCGACAGACUGGCACAAUUACACACAUUCCAUAUUAGCUCAAAACUUUUCUAGCAAAAGCGGAGGUUCUUUGAAGCAACGGCUACAAGAUUGGUACGGUUUUAAAUUAUAAUUAUCUUUUUAGGCAUGAGUUGCAAGUAGAGUAGAAUAUUUUUUGUAGUUUUUGCCAUAUAUUCAAAGUUAGUUUCUUGAUCAGGUUUUUCUAAAUUAAAAAUUGCUGUUUAUUAACUGAUUUACAUUGUAUUAAAUAUUUUUUUAGCUUUGUGAACUUUGCACACAAAUGGGAAGGAUUCUUUGGACGACAUUCUGAUAUCUCUGUAUGUGUAUCUAAUACGAUGAGGAAGGACCUAAAGAAACGAUGGGGUAUCAAUGCUCUUACGUUACACGAUAAACCUCCAUUGUGGAAUUUCGUGUGGGUUUUCAUUUUAAAUAUUACGAGUAUUAUUUUUAAUACUUUUAAUGUGCUUUAAUAAUUACAAAAAAUAAAAUAAAUGAAGGCCUAUAUACUUAAAAAGGUCACACCUUUACACAUUUACUUUUAGGACUCUAAACCUAAAACAAAAACAUAAUUUACUCUAUCGUCUAUUUCAAUCCAAAGCGUUUACUGGAGAGUAUACAGAACCAGAAGUUGUUAAUGAAGAUUCAGAAGAAACUUUGUUUACGUCUAAAAAGGACGGCAAGGUAUACAAUAGGAAAAGUCGACUAUUGCUAUUGGUUUCCUCUACUUCAUGGACUGAAGAUGAAGAUUUUGGAAUCUUAUUAGAUGCUUUGUUGGGUUACAGUAAACACACGGAGCUUACUAUUGCUAGGUAUGGUUAUUGGCUUAUACUAUAUUGUUUUUUAGGCAAUAAUUGUAGUGUGCUCAAUCAUUGAACCUGUUUUAUUUAAUUUAUAUAAUUUUAGUCCUAACUCAUGUGAAUUGCCUAAAAUCUUCGCUGUAAUCACUGGUAAAGGUCCUCAAAAGCAGUAUUACAUGGAGAAGAUAGCGGCGCUGAAUUUGAAGAACGUUGAGGUUGUUACAGCAUGGUUGGAGCCAGAAGAUUAUCCUCGACUUUUGGCUGCGGCUGACGUUGGUGUUUCUCUUCAUACCUCAAGUUCGGGUCUGGAUCUGCCAAUGAAGAUUGUUGACAUGUUUGGAUGCGGGUUACCGGUCUUAGCUAAAAAGUUUCCAGCUAUUGAUGAGCAAGUUCAAGAUGGAGUUAACGGAAGGUUGUUUGACACUUCUAAUCAUCUGAGGACGCAGCUGAUUGAUAUUGCUUCUGAAUUUGCGCAAAAUGACGUAAGCUUUUUAAGUUAAUAUUAUAGUAAAUUUUUUUAUUUUAUAGCAUAUGAAGUUUGAAUGUUUAAAAUAACAAUAUAUUUUGUAGGGAAAGAUUGAAAUGCGCAAAAACGUCUCAGGUAGUGGCAAGACGGACUGGCAUUCUCAAUGGGAGGCUAGCCUUUGGCCCGUGUUAAGUCAGUUCUUUCAUAAACAAAUUGAAGCCAACCAACGAUGGGCACGUUUCGAACGCCACGAAGAAGAUGAACGUGAGUUGGAAGAGGAUCCGUUUUUGGAGUUGAAACCAGAGAAUGGAGGUUUUGAUAUGAUUGGUAACUCCAAUCUUAACAUAGUCAAUCCAGACUCUGAAACCAAUUCUGAUUAG